CACGAAGGUUACCCCAUUGACGCUACUUCAAUAUGGCGGAUUAGGCCUUGUGACAUUAAUAACGGAGUGUAUCAGACUUUUUACCUUUACCUCUUCUUUAACGUGUAAUCAAGAUGGCAGAGAAUGUUCAUCAAAACUUGGAAAGUAUGUUGCCCGAACUAGAGGAGCUGGAGAGAAUGGGAGUCUUCUCCAGUGAUGAAAUAAGGUACGCAGUUUUUCGAACCCCUUUCACGCGUUUUGAAACGUGGUCAAUCACAAGCUAGCUAUUUCUUAAAGUUAAAUUUAUUUAUCAUUUGCAGCUUUAGACAGGGGCAACCUCAGAAUACCCAGCCACAAAUAACUGGGGUAAAUUUACUGUUAAAGCGAUCCGGAGUCCCGUAGUUGGUGAAUUUGAAAUUGACCGUAUAUAAAUUUUAAUUCAGUUAAAACUGUCCCAGUGAAAGGUAAAUUGACUAAAGGUGUAAAUGUACGUCUCACGCGAUUCUUAGUCUCGUAGUCGCUUUAGUAGGAUUUGAUGAUCAUGUACAACUACAGUGUGUGGGAACUUAAAUACUUAAAGCCGCAAUAUCAUCAUAAAUAAAAACAAUUAUAAUAAUCCUUUAUUGCCCUUUGCAUUGUUUACGGCACUAAUGCUAGUGUGGCUGAGUAAAUGCCUGAAACAAAUGAUUUAAAUUAAAACUUAACAGAGUGAUGAAUCCUGACUGACAGGAGACUACCCACCUGGUAAUUUACAAGAUUAGUGUGGCCGAGCAUUUGAAAUUGUGACUUCUGAGAAAAAAAUCCAGCCUCUGAACUGCAAGUCCAGUGUUCAGAGCAGCCCUUGGCGAUGCUGCCCCUUUACGUGUAUAUCGACAAGCCUCCAUAAAUUUCUCAUAGCAUAAGUUGAAAGAAGUGGUAAGAGGAUCAUUACAGCUGAUGGGUUAUCAUUGUUUAAAAUCUCUUGACUUCUUUCCUUGAUUAUUCCUUGAUGCUGUAUGGAGAAAUUGAUACUGGACGCCUUUAUGGAUUUCAUUUGAUAGAGAUGGUUCUAUUGCAUUUUGAGGCUGCUCUUACUCUUGGAGAUCUAGACACUGCACCUUAAACCCAUGAUGAAGUUUUGGAGGAGGGGGCGCGAGGCAGUGUGGCUGAGUGGUCAUCAUGUCAUACUCACAAUCUGAUGGUUGUACUCAAACCACAAGUUGGAACUGUUUCUUGGUCAUAGCAGAUUUGUAUUCUUGUCCACGCAUGUAAAUAGCCAACUGGUUGCCUCCUAGCAGUCACCGUUGAUAGUCCAGUUAAAGUGUGUUUUUAUUUGGAUAUUUCUUCCCAAUAAUUAUACAAUAAUAACUGUAUAAUUAUUAUCUUUUUGUUUGAGUGUAUUUUUUUUUAAACAAGCUGAAUAAAGUGGACUUCCCUUAAACACAAACCUUCAUCUUUACCUUGGCUUACUUUGUAUGCCCACAGAUGUAAAUUAUUUAUUGAGAUGUUCAUAUCAUUGUAAAGUGAAUUAUUAUGUUAUUAGAUGAAAUCUGCAGUUCAUACACAAACUGCCAAGUUGUCUGAUUGCCUUAGCAUUCUUUCAUAUAUAAAUACACUUUGUUCCUUUAUAUAGGAAUAUCAUAACAAAGAGGCGUGAAUAUGAAUACCACUUACAGAAAAGAAUUGUUCAGAAGGCAGACUUUCUUAGAUACAUGCAGGUAUGCGUGUAUACUGUUUAAAGUCAUUUUUCCUAAGUAAUAAUAUACAGCUGUAUGAGUGCUUGAUAUUCACAACUACAGUAUAACUAACUUAAGGCUAUUCCUUGGUUGAGGUAUUUUAAAAACAAUUCACAGUCAAGUGAUCUAGGUAAAGGGCUGACAGCUUCUCUUUCAAAUUCACAAAUCUCAUGAAAAUGUUACAUGUACCCAAACACUAAUUAACUCUGAAGAUUACAAAUCUCAUUAUAAGAUUAAAACUUGGAUGUCUUUAAGUCCUAAAGCUAACUUCCUUAGGCUUCCCUUAUAGGUAUUAUAAUAUUGUGGUACUAUAAGUUAAUUCAAGACUUCAAGGCUUGUACUACACUGUGAGAGGGGACCUGUACUUUAAACUAUUGUCUAACAGUGAUCUAAAUGUAUAUGUACUGUAAGUUAACAAUCACAAUAAUUAUUUUGUCUCCCUAUUAAUUUGUAGUACGAGAUCAAUUUAGAUAUGCUGAAGAAGAAAAGAAAAGUGGUAAGAAAUUUUCCAGUAAUUAGCUGUAAAAGCUUUUCAAAAUGCUUUUGAAUUUCACAGUUCUGUUACAUUUUAUGCAAAAAGGAUUGUUCAAUGUAAAACAGCAGCAGAUUAUGUGUGCCUUUAUUUGCUGCAGUGGUUUUGUUACCAUAAAAUCUCCUUCAAUUUUAUCUUUGGUUUAAAUUUAAUUUCCUUUAAUUAUGUUUUGGGAGUGGUUAUUUUAUAUUUGUGUGAUAUGAUUGGAAAGGAAAGGAAAAUACAUUUAAGUAAAGGAAAAAAAGAACCGAAGUAUACAUACAUGUAUGUUAUGAGUUAAAGUAUUAUAAAACCUUACACUGCAUAUUAUUUUCUCAUGCCAGCUGCUGUGGAAGACAAUCAUAAUUCUUGCAUCAUUUAUUUCCUUAAUAUUUAGAGACUUGGCAUCAAAAGAAACUUGCAUGGGGAGCAAAUUGUCAUGAAAAGAAUUCACACACUUUUUCAGGUAUUUCAUUAUUUUUUUUUUGUGAUAUUAAGGGGUGCAGCACUUAAUUCACAAUGUACUUAAGUAAGUGCAGGUAAAAUUGUCUAAGGCUUUUUUGCUGUUGACAACAAACUCCGGUUACUGUAGCAUAAUGAAUGAAUUAACACAAGAAGGCAAAGGAAUUUGAGAAUCAACCUACACCUGUCCUGUAGGUUAAAAAAUGUAACCCCGAAUUUAAUUUUGACCUGUAACAUACACAUGCACAAAUUUAAUAAAGAUAUUUACAACUGUACAUUGUAGAAUCCAGUAGAAUUAGAGACAUGAUUGAUGAAUAAGCUGCAACAGACUUAAUUGGAUUUUAGAACAUUUAGAUAACAGGGAAGUCAUACACAUAUUAAUUUUUAGUAUGGCCUUCUCAUAACUAUUUUUAAUCUGUUUAUUUAUUUAUUUUGUUUUGUUUUGUUUUUUUUUUUGCAGAAUGCAUUAAAAAAGUUUGUGGUGAGUAUCAUAAUAUUCAUAAAAUGACAUGAUUAUUAUUAGAAAACUACCAACUUUUUAUUGAAAACACAUUAUUUUAUUUUAUUUUUCAUUUUUAAAAAAAUGCUACACUGUACAUGUACAUAUAUCCGUGCCCCCUGCUCAAAAAGUUUCUUUUCUUUCUGUUUUAGGGGGACAUCAAACUUUGGAUCCAGUACAUUGAGUUCUGUAAGCACAUGGUAAGCUAUGUGCAUUCUAUGUGUUUUUGUAAAAUUAUAAUAAUAAUAAUAAUAAUUUGUUUGCAUUCAUUAUGAGUAAUUGAAAAAACAAAUGGACGUGUAAAUGCACACAGUUGGCCUCUUGAUUGCUCACUAAAGGCUGUAGUGCUUUCUUGAAAAUAAGUAAUCAUAACAGAGUGGCAAAAGCGAUCAAAGAGAACAAAGAAGCUGUGAAGCUGAACUUCAUGCAGUGUAGGUCUCUUUCCCAUGAAACAGAAAAACAGCAGGGCACAUUGUGAGUUUCACUGACUAUAGCGAACUGCUGACUGGCCACUGAGGCUAAUGAAUCUUUCAAUAAAACAACUUGCUAACUUUGGUUGAAUUUCUGUUCUUUAUAAAAUCAGGCUGGUGAUUGGCUUGUGCACAUUAAUUUGUUCAAGUGCAAUGCUAAUACAGGUGUAGGCUGUUUGUUGAUCUGAACCUUCAAUCAAAUGAACAAAAAUAUCCCAAGUCCCUCAAGGUUAUUGGUCCUUGCUUCAGCAGUAAUGAAAAAGGUAUACCUGAGGUUAUCUAAAGCAUGCUGGGCUGAAUUUGCCUUCAUUAUCCUGCUGCCUCACAAGACCUGUAUUUUAUUUUGUUUUUAGGGAAGCACGAAAAUGCUUGGCAAAGUUUUGGCCAGAGUCCUGCAAUACCACCCAAACAAUCCAAGUUAGUGUUUUUCAGAAAAAAAUAUGUAUAGCUGAGUGCCCCAGGCGUGUAUUUGUUUCAGGUCAAGAUUAAAUUCAGGUUAAAAUAACCUAGGUUGAUUCUCAUUUUCCUUUGUCUCUUAGCUACAAAUGUACCUCUAAUUAUUCAUGAAUUAGGGCUAGGAGAAAAGGAAUUGAGAAUCAACCAAGGUUAGAAAAACAUUUGUUAAACAUAUUUUUAUUUCUGACCUGUAACAUAUGUGCUGAUUAAAUUUCAGACAACCAUGUGAGUGUUUUAUUGGCAAAUAAAUUAAUACACGUACAUGUAGUAGCAGCAGAACUAACAGGAAAUUCAUUCAAAAUGCUGGUAUAUGUACUGCACAAGACAUUGCCAAAGCAAAAAAAGUGUGUGGGUGUAUUUAUUCACCAGUAAAUCCACAAUGGGAAGUUUCUAUUUAACUUAAACUAACGUGCUCGACACUGAAAUCAAAAUUGUUUGAAAAGGAAAUUGCAACUACAGCUGCAAAAAAUUUGAAUGUAAAAGUCAAAACAGUAACACGAAUGUACUAGAUAAUCCACACUUUGUUAUCAAAAUUGGCAAAUGAUUAAAACUAAAAUAAUUAUUAUGGUCAUCCUGAGAAAACACCUGACAUUUUGUGACAUCACCAAUGGGAAAUGGCAUCUGAAGAACGACCACAGAAAUUACUUACUGAUGACACAUCACUAACUAGAUCUGUUUAGCACUUCUCAUGGUUGAAAAUUUGCCUCAUGCAAUCAGUAUGAAAUUUCUGCAUUUGUUCUUCAGAUGUCAUUUUGUGGGAAACCAGUAUUGGCCUUUUUCUCAGGCUAAAAUAGACAUGGUAAAAUUUUGAGGCUUUUAAGGGUUCUCAAUAGAAUGCGGCACCCGGUGAUUGCUCGCCGCCUACCAUAGAAUUUGUGGCCAGUUACUUUGCAUUCUAUUUGCUGCUUUUUCCUCCCUAGUUUACAGCCCCUCCAUUUGUCACAUCCACCUACUUAAGGUUGAAGAGACACCUCCUUCAAAUCCUAUUGAAAACCCUUUAUAAUAAUGAUAAUUCAUCUCUUCAAAUUAUUGAUGCAACAUGUCAGUAAUUACCAUCACAGCUAGGGCAUGUGAACUGGGGGUAGACACUAACUCCUAGACACCUGAUGUCACCGGGAGUGGUUUGCUGUCAGAGGAAGACCAUCCGGCAAAGCUCACAAGCUGUGCUUAAUGGAAUUAAACAAUAAGAAUCAUAGUUUACAUCAGCAUUAGAUGUUCAUGUGCGUAGGAUUCAAACACUGUUUCCCUUCAGUCUCUCUUCCACUGUCACAAACCAAACUGGGAAGUGAGAAAACUACAGCAGCGCUAUAUAAGUAUAUUAAAAAAAAAUCAUGUACCAGUGAAUUUGAAUUAAAACAGCAGUAAGUGUUAUUUUUGUUACUGUUGCUAAUUUUAUCAAGACCUGUGGAUAAUGGCUGCAAAGUGGGAAUUUGAAGACAACAAGAACAUUCCAAACAGCAGAACUUUGUUACAAAGAGGACUUCGAGUGAACCCAUCAUCAAAACAACUUUGGCUGGAGGUAAAUAAAACUCUUAAUAAUAUUAAUAAUAAUAAUAAUAAUAACAAUAAUAAUAAUUAUUAGAAUUCUUGUACAAAUGUACGAGCAUUAUGUGUAUUAACCUUACACUGUAUUUGCAGUUAACUAGGCUCUUUUGCUCUUCCAUUAAAGAGGCAUUGAUAAGGUUUUUACAUUUUGUAUAGACUGGGUGUAGUUUAAGUUUCGACUGGAAGAAUGUGGUAAAAAAAAUACCCAGGUGGUUACAUUAUAUUGAGGAGGUGCCUAUAAAGCCUACGCAGAUUCCUCUGUUCUGACCAUCAAGGCUGCGUUGAAAAGCAGGUGCAAAAUAUUGGCAGCUUCCUGACCUUAAGUCGAACUAAUGAAACUUUUUUAAGUGUAAAAAGCCAGUGUUUACAACUAUUGUUUUAAAGUCUCCCAAAACAAAAUCUGCACUCAGGAUAUUUAACUCCUUGCCUACCAGAGACCCACCAACUGGCAGCCAUUUCUCAACGACCAGAGUUCAUUUAUUCAAGACAACUCAAACAACUGGGCUGUUGGUGAAUUCAUUUGUCUCAUGUCAAUCAGGACAUAUAUAAUUAUACGCCUGGGUCGCUGAGUGACCUCACACAAAUGACGUACAUGUACACUGUAUAUAUAUGUACAUGUACGUCCUUGGUAGGCAAGGGGUAAAUUUUUUCCACUUGCAAAUUAAUCACUGUUUUAUUAGUAACAUUGAGUCCUGGACUCAUAAUUUCUUCACAUCAAUCAUUGAUGGUAAUAUCAACUUUUUAGAUAUCAUACGUGUAUUAGAGAAUAAUUUUUGAUAAUUUUAAUUACAAUCAUGGUCUUUUUAUUUCAGUAUUUCAGAAUGGAGCUUCUACAUGUUGAAAAAGUAAGUAAACUGGUGUAAAAUGAAAGUGUAAUGUACUUUCAUUAGGUCCAUAGUUCACAUUUUACCCUUUACCUUCAGUGAGUUCCUUUUAUUAUCAUUAUCAUUAUCAUUAUCAUUGUCAUUAUCAUUAUCAUUAUCAUUAUCAUUAUCAUUGUCAUUGUCAUUGUCAUUGUCAUUAUCAUUAUCAUUGUCAUUGUCAUUGUCAUUGUCAUUGUCAUUGUCAUUGUCAUUGUCAUGGUCAUGGUCAUGGUCAUGGUCAUUGUCAUGGUCAUGGUCAUGGUCAUGGUCAUGGUCAUUGUCAUUGUCAUUGUCAUUGUCAUUGUCAUGGUCAUUGUCAUUGUCAAAUGUCAUUGUCAUUGUCAUUGUCAUUAUCAUUAUCAUUAUCAUUAUCAUUAUUUCUCAGAUUCAUAAAAGAAGAAAAAUUCUGGGAUUGGAUGACCAGGAAGAAACACAGGAGUCACAGGUAAAUUCUUGUACAAUCUUCAAUUAAAAUUCCUUAAUUGAAACUGAAGGGAUUUAUGUAAGGAUUUAAAUGUUUAUUGCUAUUUUGAGUGGGUAAGUCUCUUGCUAAAACAUGACUGAAAUUCCUUUUGUUUAGACUUGUUGGCGUAUUAGUUUUUACAGUGCAUUUAAGUUACCGGUAUUUCCACAGAGCAAAACUUUUCUGUAAUUAAAUACACUGUACGUCAUCUACAUGUACAGUUUACAUUUUAAAAAGAGAAUCAAUUUCAUGUGUUCAGAUUGUAUUGUAUUUGCAGACAACUGCAAAAACAAAAAAUCUUGCAUUUGACAUGCAAGAUUUUUUGUUUUUAAUUAAUUGUGAAUAAACCUAUAACCCUUAUUUUUUAUAGAACAUGUCAGAGUGUAACAGAUUAUUUAUCAUUUCAUUUACCUCUUUUCAUCCCAUUUUGUGGUACAGUACUCCAGGGUUUCAUUUGAUUUUACCUUUUUUUCACCCAGGAAGAAGAAAAAGUGAGUCCAGAGUUCUUGGCUGGAAAAGUUCCUGAAAUAGUUUACCAAAAGGCAAUUCAAUGUAUACCAGGUAUGUGAAGUGUUUAAGAUUCUUACUGGCUUAUUCCAGACAGACAGGUGUUUAAUAUCCAGCUUUUGUUUCAUCUUACAGGCUACAUUUUAUCAUUAAUAUUACUUAGAGAUGAAAUCUGAGGGAUGCAUUUUUUUUCUUCAUUGUUUAUUUUCUAAAUAAGUGAGUAGUUUUUUUUUAAUGAUGGAUAAUGUAUAUAUAUAUUUUUUGGCCAUUACUUUGUGUAGUUUGAGGGACAGUUAUAACAUAAACCUUCCUGCUGCACAAGUAAUUAAUUAAAUCUUUAUUUUUGGUUAUUUUAUUUUAUUAUUAUUACUUUUUUACUUUCUUACUUGCAGAUGAUAUAGAAUUCAGAGUGUCUUUUAUUGAAGUUUAUCGCCUCUUUGAAGAUACAAAACAAAGUUGUGAUUUGGUGUAUAACAGGUAAAAGUUUGACUAUAUUUUGCAUUUCUUAUUUUUUCAUUUACCUUCCCUGGAGAGAAUUGCACCAGUUUUAUCAGGUGAACUCUCCAUGAAUUCCCCUCGCAGGGAUGAAAUGAGUUUUUCUCACAUACAACGUAUGUCCACCUAGGAGAAAAUUUCAGGCGGACACACUAGAAACGUUAUUAUAGAAAUACAUUACAUGUAUAUUGACUUACUCAUUUUGUUAAGUACUAUAUAAAUCUUUUGCUUGAAAAUGACAUUCUUUGCCCAUUCAUUGUAUCCAAUCACAGGUACAUGUAACAUUUUUGUUGGACAGUAAGCAAUUUUUAUAGUCAGAGUGUCCAAUGACCGACUUUUAUCGCAGCUCAGUUGUACUGCCAAUCAUGCAAGCAUCUUCAUAAUCUGGUACAGUUGUAGCUCUGCCUCACGACUGAAAUUGGCUCUGAUUCACAUCUUGUUUUAUUCUUUGCAGCUUAGUAGAGGACUUUCCUUUGUCAGAAGAAGUCUGGAAUUUAGUGGCCCGUCGACCCAUUGAUGAAAGGAAAAGUGAAGUAAAGAAAGGAAUGACAGAAAUAACAGGUUUGCAGAUUUGCUAACUUACCACGGGUCAUCUGUACUGUAUGUUAGACAAGAAUGUGUUGCAUGUACCUUUCAUUAUGCCUGUUCGGUACGUAUGCCAAUUCUCCCUAUAUUUCAUAUGAAGUUUCUUUUUGAGUUAUGAAAUUAACCUCUUAUCACGUCUCGUUAAAAACAAAGAUCACAAGCAGAGGUUUCGUGUACGAUAUGAUUGAUGAUCUUUAAAUAACGUCAUGUGAUCACCAGUCCAUGAGACUUGACUCUUUUAUUUUUACUGUAACCCACCUAAUGAUGGUACAAAAAAAAUCCAUGGGCGGGGCUCCAUUUUCGAAACAUGGGAAAAGCAUAAUAUUUUGUUCGAGCUACGGGAUCUGGGGCCCACUUCUCGUAAGUCCCGGUAACUUUUCGGGCCCGAAAUCAAAUAUUCAAAUCAAAAUAUAAAGAAUAAAAAUGCGGGACCUGACUAGCAAACUACUCCAUUUUGUUUCGUUAACUGAUAGUUUUAUCAUGUUAGAUGCAAAACUAUUGAGAAACCUGUGAUGUGAAGUAUAUGAAAUAAUUCACUUUUGAACUGCGGUUGUAGAUGAAAGUGAAGAAUGAUCAUCGCAGUAAAUUUUCCAAUUUAAGCAAUUGGAAAGAAGAAGCCUGAAAAAAAAAUCAAAAGAAACCUCUAUCUUUCAUAUAAACCCAAACAGCUUUACGGGCCCGUUAAUUAUCAAGACUUUCGAGAAACGAGCCCCUGGUUGGCUAGGGACUGAGACAUUGUUGCUGAUGGAAUUGUCUUUCAGUUUAGGCGCGCAAACUAAAAUUAAUUGUCAGGAUGCCGAAACUGAAUUUGCUUCUUAAAAGCAAGAAAAUGUUUUUGAUUCCAACUAAAAACACUCUCACUUGCUUCAAAAGACAUAAACAAAUGUUUUCUCGCUUAGCCUCAUCAGACGAAAAAAAUAGAGAGAUUUUAAUCGUGUUUAAGGCAGACGGUAUACGAUAUAAAAUAGCUUCAAGUUGCCUGUUUCUUUAAUUAGGAUAAUUAUAAGCAGAUAAAAACGGUGCAAAAUAAAUCUCAUACGUGAUCAGAUAAAAAACCUAAUUUCAUUACUACUUAUAUUACUACUUGCAAAGAUAAAAUCAACAGUAUGAUUACAAAACAUGCAAUAAAUGACUUGUAAGUUAAGGGAAAAUUUGGUCCGUGGUACAGUGAUAUCCUUACAACCAAGCAAGGUUAUAAUGGUUGUAGAUUUUGGUCCCAUUGUGGCAACAAGGAUGUUUUUGUGAAUGAUAAGAAAGUAUUUAUGACCGCUACAGGUAGUUUAAAUAUAGCGCGCAGCACAGCAGUCUGCGAAAAGUACUACGCGUGGAUCAUUUUUCACAGAUAGUCAGUGGUGUGAGCUGGAAGCAGAGAUGAACAAGUUAUUUCAAGAUGCUGUGGAGAAGGUUCCAACAGGUUAAAAUGAUUUCUUGCAUUCUUCGUUAUCUUGUCAUAUUAUAUACGCGUACAUGUGCGUGUUACUCCCACCGUGGUUUAGAUGUCUCGCUUAGGAAGGGAAAUGCCUCUUGCGUGGUUGCUAAACCUGUGUUACCGUUGACAUAUUCUCCCACUCUCGCUCUCUCUCCGCAGAGGCUUCCGUUGGGUAAAAAUUAGAAAAAAGUAAGCGCGCGGUGGACGAUGGGAAAAAGAAAAGGCGGGAGCCUCUCUUGCUUUCUUUCCCCUUCCCCUCGUCCUUCGCGCGCUCUCCUUUUCCGUCCUCCCAGCCUCCUUACGACACAAAGGGUCUUCUGCAGAGGAAAGAGAUAUUAGGGCCAUUUUAUACGAGGAAAACUAAGACGCGUCUUUCAUUAGACGCGUCCUAAAUAAGACGCAAACGAUCCCGUACAAACGGCACAUUAAGACGCGACUUAGCAACGACGCGUCUUAUCGAAGAACAGGUGUUAGGGACUGUUCUUAGAUAAGACGCGUCUUAGCUAAAUUUCAAACGAAAUGUGCCGUUUAUACGGGAUAGUUUGAGUCUUAUUUAGGACGCGUCCUAUGUAAGAUGCGUCUCAUUUGUUCUCUUUUAAACGGCUCUUUGUCCUGUUAAAAGACCCUGAAAACAGUCCUUUAGUGCCCCUGAUAACAUCGCAAUUGCACGCGUUGUUGGGGCAAGGUGUUGAGGGCCGUAAUUCACUUUUGUUGUUUUGUCACCAGAUAAAAUGUGGGAGUUGUACAUCAAAGCUUUUAUGGAAUUGCUGGCUGAUAGUUCCACAACAGAAGCAAAAAGAGUGGGUUUAUAAUUUGCAUUAUAGUUAUGUUUUUACAUAAAAUUAACUGAACAAAAACACAUGUAUCAUUUGUACAGUUAUGAAGUUUUUUUCUUGCUUGAUAUCAGUGUAAUUAAGCUAUCAUGCUUGUGUAGCGCUCAGAGGACAUGGAGGGGUUUUUUCGGUGAUGGUUAGAACAAACCGUUGCCAAAUUUAAAACACAUAGCAAGAACUUUAGGCUCCUUCCACGUGUAUCCGGAUAUUUUUAAAUCCGCAAAUUUUUCUUUGCGGAUUCGAAAAUUUCCCGUCCACACCUCAGUUCGUCAACUAUUAUAUAUAAAGCGAUCUUCGGCUGAUGCAAGAAUUUGCUCGCCAUUCUCAGCCUUCAAUAAUUGUUUUGCUGACGAAAUUACCCCCACCGAGCACAAAUUCGCUCGUUUAACUUGUUUACUGCGUCUUCCAAUUUGUCCGUCCGACAUGGAAUCAAGCCUCAGAAUGGCGUGCCGCCGUUUGGCGUAACUGAAUUGUACAGUAAUCACAGCUAGGUUUAACUGCACACACGUUAGAAGACUUGAAACUGAAGUCCAAGAAGGAAAAAAAGAUAACAUUGCGCUCGGCGCCAUCUUGAAUAUUCACGGUCCACAACUGGCCCGGGUUCCUGGAAAGCCGAUUAGCACUAAUCGAGGAUUAAAUCUCGCUAAUCGCGUAAUACAUUUUGUCCCACGAUUAGAUUCUGUUCCUGAAAGUGUGAUUAACCUUAAUCUAAGAAUAAACUAAGGGUUAAUUUUAAUCCACCUAGAGGGGGCCAAUUAAGUCACUAAUCGGGGGAAAACGUUUGUAAAAACAAACAAAUUGGCAGACUUACCGUUGCCACAAAUACGUGAAAAAAAGUUCCGACAGCAAGAAAUUGAUCUCAAAAUUGAUCUAGACCACUUCACUGUCCGCCAUUUUCCUUUACUUCACCCGUGCCUAAACAUUUUUCGCGCCUUGUUUUUUAAAAGCAAUCAUCCCAAAAAAUAGUUAAACCGGUUUGUUUUAACACUAAUCUGGGAUUAGUUAAUCGUGGGUUUACUUCGCUUUUCAUUUUAACCCACGAUUAGUUAUCCGAGGAAUAGAAAAUUAAUCGUGGAUUUGACGCUAAUCGGAGGAUAGUUUAAUCGGCUUUCCAGGAACCGGGGCCUGGGCUCGAUCUUGUUACGUCACUGGAUAAAAGAAUAUCCGGAUUCAGCGUCCUCUCGACUCCGGAUUCAUCGCGUAUUCGUAUGCCGGAUUCACCGAUACGUGUGGAUAGAAGCCAAAAAUAUCCGGAUACCGGACAGCCCUUAAAAAGUGCCAGUUUAAAAACGCAGUCCCCUUUGUUGAUACAAUUCAGCGUAAUAUUUUCCUUCGUUUUUCAGGCUCGAGGGAAACUGAUUUAACGUAUUGGCAAGGUUAAAAUAUUAGAGCUUGAGAUGAAAGGGUUAUACUUUUUAACUGUUCUGUACGCUUAUAAGUUAACGUGCAGCUAAUUUUUCUUUAAUGAACUAUUGUUCCGUUGAUCGUUUAGUUCAUUACGUAUUGUUUUCCUCAGCUCGGAGAAAAUUACUCCCAAAAAAUGACAAGCGUUUUAUUUUCUUUUGCUACGCAGCGAGAAAAAACUGUGUUACAACUUUUUACAGCGGCAGACAGCAAUAACCAUAUAACAGAAGAACUUUACAGGGCAUGGGUAAGUCAUAUAUUUAGUUUAGAUGUAUAUUUAUUUGGUGUCAAUUCCAAGAAACGAUACAACCAUUGUACCGUGGGUACCCCAGUGGGUUCGGUUGCCGCUGGGGACUCAGGGGCUUAUUCGAAAGACAUCAUAAAUAAUUAAAAUUUCUUAUGCGUUUACAUCUCUACAGGUUGGUGUUUUGCUUCAAACAGAUAAAACGAAGCGGGCAUUAUCAGUGUGUAAAAAAGGAACUGAGCGGUUUAACUCAUCAGUGAGCUUAUGGAGUGAAUACCUGAGAUUGAAAGUCUUAAAUAAGGGUAACGACUUAGUCUUUGGGUUAUUUUUUCAUUCAAUAGUUUCUAUGUACAGUCGCCAUUUUUUUGGUCAUAGUCUGAUUGUUCAUUUCACUGUCCAUGUACAUGAACAGGAUCACAAAGUUUUCAUUAACAUGUUAGGCUCACGGCCACGGCACUCAGCUUUUAAACUAACUGGUAUCUUUCGAUAGCGCUUUAAGAUAAGCCACUUAACAUAUCUUCUGUCCUCUUGGACCUCUACGAUGGUGGGGUGAUAACUUUCGGCUGCUGCUGUUUAAUUAGGUUAGGUUAUUUGGUUUUUUUUGUAGGUUAUGGUUAUUCCUGCAAAUUCCGUUUAACCUUGAAUUUGUAAUGUUUCUUGGUAAUAUCUGUUCCUUUAUUUACAGGUAAAAUCGCGGACAUUCACAAUCAAUUUUCUUCUGCCAUCAAAAAUGUGGAGCCUAAGGUAAAAAUUUCUUGGAAACCAUGCUCUUUAAGUCUUUUUAAACUACAGUGAAACUCCGGGGGAGGGUCAGAUUUAAUAGAGAUCUUAAGAUUGAGGUUUUUCGACAUUUCCCGCGAGCCGCGAACGUCAAGAAUUCACGUGACCAGGACCUUGCCGUCAGGUUUGCGGUUUGAGGUUCACGUUUGUACGGCUAGACCACGCUCCAGAGGUAAGUGAUUUACCGCAAGGUUUUUUUGCACCCUAAAACAUCACAAUCCCACGUUUGAGAAGAAAUACGACUUUUUAGAGCUCUUUUGCUUAUUGAUUAUUGAAUUCUACUUCAAAAAACGUAAUUUUGAAGACAAUUUCUCCGCUAAAAUAGAAGUAAGACUGGUUAGAGGAUGAAUGAAAGCGAGCGAGAGCUUACUUGCAGGCUAUAGAAACUUCUAUCCUGAUCAAUAAACACUGAUUUUUGACCGAAGAAGUAGUACUGCUGAUAGAAGCUGAACAAAUACUAGCCUGGGCGACUGGCUCUAAACCCAGGACUCGAAAAAAGUUUCGUCGUGUCGUCCGGGACAGAUUUUCCGCCUUGCUGGGCACGUAAAAGCUCGCUUGCCCAAUGGGAACACGACCAGGCAAGCCAUCUUGUACUUAAUUAAUUAACCGAGACAAGCAAGUAGUAACCACGGAAAAGCAAAAUGUAAGGCCCGGUUCAGACGCCGCUCCACUCAUGUGCCGAACCUAACUGAUGAAUUAAGUACGGCAAAAGAGCGGCGUCUGAAUCAAUUUGGUACGGCAGUUUUAGUUUGGUGCGGCGAAAGCGUUAAGCUCGACAGAGUCUGUCGAACUUUUGUCGAACUUAACUUAGGUUCGACACACAGUACGCCGUCUGAAUCAGAUGUCGCGCCAGUGUCGCUCCAAAGUCGAACUUAUUCAGUUCGGUUCGGCACAUGAAAAGUACGGCGUCUGAACCAGGCCUAAGACUCCAAGGACAAGCUGGAAAUCAAGUGGUUUGAUAUAUAUAUUUUUUGCUCCCUGUAAAAAUUGUAAAAGAACAGGGUUAGUCUCCUCUUUUUUAACGGGAGGAUCUCUAUUCUCGUUAAGGAAUCGCUGCCACUGUGGAAUCUCUGGCUAGAUUGGUGUAUCGAGAGAAAUCCAGAUGAAGUUAGGGCUGUGUUUGAAGUAAGUGUUUUUAGAAUUAUUGACACAUAACUUUAUUUGUGCGGUUAGAAUCAUUUAUUGUGCACCGUCAUGUUGGGUCGAUAAGUGGAGUCAGUCCUUUCCUGGGCUGGGUGGGUUAUCUUUGAGGAGAGAUCUCAAUAUAGAAAUAACCUUAUGAUCCUCCAUCAGUUAUCGUAAUGGCAAAAUGUAGAGAGUGUAUCAGUACCAAAAUAUCUGACGAACUCUAGAAGGAGUCCGUUUUAUAGGAUUGUUCAUGAAUAGAGAGUGGACUGCAUAAUAAAGAAUUGCUUUUCUUUAUUUUUCUCUUUUAAUCUUCGGUUUUAAUCUUCUCAGUCUUCGUUGCAAUCUUGUGUUGACGUGAGUUCCCCAAUGAAGGAAAAGUAUGUUGAGUGGACAGUGAAGUCAAAAGGAAUAAAGAAAGCCAGAAAACUUUAUAAAAGGUAAGAUUACCGUGCUCUGUGUUUAUAGUCAACUCUCUCUAAGACGGACACCUCUGGGACCGGCACGAAGUGUCCAUCUUAGAGAGAUGUCCAUCUUAUAGAGAGUCAAAUAAAGGAAAUAAAGAAAGGCAGGGACCAACUCUGGGUGUCUGUUUUACAGAGGAGUCCGUCUUAUAGAGAGUCAAAUAAACGGAGUAUAGAAAGACCGGGACCAACUCUGGGUGUCCGUUUAACACAGGUGUCCAUCUUAUAGAGAGUCAAAUAAAGGGAGUAUAGAAACGCAGGGACCAACUCUAGGCGUCCCUUUUACAAAGGUGUCCGUCUUAUAGAGAGUCAAAUAAAGCGAGUAAAGAAAGGCAGGGACCAACUCUGGGUGUCGGUUUUACAGAGGUGUCCGUCUUAUAGAGAGUCAAAUAAAGCGAGUAAAGAAAGGCAGGGAUCAACUCUGGGUGUUCGUUUUACAGAGGUGUCCGUCUUAUAGAGAGUCAAAUAAAGCGAGUAAAGAAAGGCAGGGAUCAACUCUAGGUGUUCGUUUUAUAGAGGUGUCCAUCUUAUAGAGAGUCAAAUAAAGCGAGUAAAGAAAGGCAGGGAUCAACUCUAGGUGGUCGUUUUACAGAGGUGUCCGUCUUAUAGAGAGUCAAAUAAAGCGAGUUAAGAAAGGCAGGGACCAACUCUGGGUGUUCGUUUUACAGAGGUGUCCGUCUUAUAGAGAGUCAAAUAAAGCGAGUAAAGAAAGGCAGGGAUCAACUCUAGGUGGUCAUUUUACAGAGGUGUCCGUCUUAUAGAGAGUCAAAUAAAGCGAGUAAAGAAAGGCAGGGAUCAACUCUAGGUGGUCAUUUUACAGAGGUGUCCGUCUUAUAGAGAGUCAAAUAAAGCGAGUAAAGAAAGGCAGGGAUCAACUCUAGGUGGUCGUUUUACAGAGGUGUCCGUCUUAUAGAUAGUCAAAUAAAGCGAGUAAAGAAAGACAGGGACCAACUAUAGGUGUCCGUUUUUCAUUUGACUUUUUUUACGACAGAGAUUGCAGCGAACACGAAGCGCGAGGGGAUGAGCCUCAUUCCUUGGAAUGACAUUCUGGUCCGAUUUGCGUGUUCAUCGAAUUAAAAUAUAACAAAACAGGGGGCCAUGAACAAUAUAAAUGACGGCAAACUGUUGCAAAAUAUGUAUUGGGUGAAGUUGGUACCUAUGCAGUGUAGCUCCAAAACAUGUAUCCCUGGAUAAACAUGGGUAACUUUGCUUCUGCUUGGUGAAAAUGACAUUUAUUUCAUCUUGUUUUCGCUAUAGAUUAGAGUUCUAGAAUUAAGUCGAUGAAAAUAUUACAGCUUAGAUAUUCUGUUGAGUAAUUGUUGUCUUCUUUUUUCUGUAGGCUCAGUCAAACACCACCCGUGGAAAUUUCCUUCUUUCAAAAAUGCAUCGAACUGGAACUCGAACAGGUGAGUGAGAAAGAAACACCAGAGUAGUUACAAAAAAAUGUUUCUUCUUUCUUUUUAUCUUUUUUAAACCACUGUCACAUAGAAAGCCCUGCUGAAGAAAUCUACAGUGCUUCGUCACUGUCUGUGAGCUUAUUAAUGUCAUUUUAACCUCACCCUUAUGUGUCAGUCUUUGCCCUUCGUAGUUCUAAAUACGCGAUAGAUAGCGGUUGUCCAGUGGGUAGGUAAAGUAGACCAGUAACCGGCUUUCAAUACCAUAGGUGCUUGCCAAUGGGCAAAAUACUUGAGAGAUCCCAAAUGUAAUCAUUGUUAGGGCUUGCAAAGGGCAUGCCUCAUUUUUAUGGUCCCAGAAACGAAAUUCGUUCCCGAACUCAAAACUUCAAACUGUACUAUUAGCUCUUUAAGGGAAACGAUUAAUAUAACCUACUGCAUCGUCCACUGCCGGGAUGUAUGUGUGACUGUUAGGUAGCGGUGGAAAUUUAUUCCCUUCCCCUCGACACUGUUCUACUCAGUCUACUGGCAAAGGACUAUACGGCGAUUCAAAGGCGACCAGGUUGUCUUAAUUUCAGUGCAUUAAUGCUCUUAUUGUUUGUUCUCUCAGGACGAGCUGAGUUUAAAGCGUGUCCGUAGUCUGUACGAGACAGCGGUUGAUCAUUUUGGAACUUCGCAUCCUGGUAAGCUCGUUUUAUAAUUUUGUUAUAUACCUCAUGGUGGUAAGCCAUAGUGUCACUCGCGUAUAGCUCAUUUUCUCUUCCUUUUUGGGGUUGCGAAUGUAACGUCUUUUGUAAUCACGGUUUUUGGCCAUGACGGUGUUAUUCCCGGCCAACGAAUGCCCUUGAAGGUGGGGAACGUGUAGGUUUCUGUGAUGGUCAUGGAGCACGAAGGGAACUUUUCCUCAAUUAUUGAAUUCAACAUCGUACGUGUUUUCUGUUUUGCAAAUAAUUGCUCCAUAAAUAGGAUGACGCUGGACUUGUUUUCGAGUAACUUCGAUAACUCAGCGCGCCUCUUUCCUAAACCGUCUAGAAACUACUUCGAUCCUUACGCCUAAUUUAAAUAGUUUUAAAAGCUUUUCGUUACGCUUUUUCACUUAAGUUUGUUUUUGUCUGUCGUAGUUUUAUACGAACACCGAAUACGCCCCCAAACACCCGGGGAUCUCGUACGCCAGAUUAUACGACUACUCGUUUUGUCUGAAGUGUACGUACGUAGUUUCCUUCCUUUGAUUCUGACAUCCUGUCUCGUGCUUUAUCUGAUAAUACAUGGAUUGACGCCACGUGAAACUUCUGAGACAAACUAGCUCACGUUCCGCUCAGGUGCGUUUUUUUGUCGUGUGAUAAAACUUAACUGAGGAAACUCGGCAAUAUUUCGGUCACCGCUUAUCGACUAUCAACCACUGAACUGAAGAGAGCAAAAAACAGAAGAAGUAAAAGAGAAGAAAUAAAACUAUUUCUAGCUCUAAGCUGCGUUCGUGAAGAGCAGUAUCUAUAUUGCAUCUAUAUUCCAGUUUAACUUUUGAGUCUAAGGUUUUAGGUCUUCCAGUGCGGCGAUGUAAGUAAAAAGAGAAGCGCUUUUCCCGUUAUGGCGUCUUUAACCAUGCUAUGAGAUGUUUGCUUUUAAAGAAAUUCAUCAGGCUAAAAAUUGUCAAAUGUUACUUAAUACUUAAACUCAAAACUAGUGAUAAUGACAUAAGAGCUUUGCUUGUUUGUAUGAAAUAUGAACGUGUUUGCACCAGAGUAAAAACUAUUGAGCAUUUUUUGUGCCAACCGAAGAAGUACGUUUCCUUGGUGUUCUUUUGAUGCGGAAGCUUUAGGACUCGGCAUAAGCACUUGUGAGCUUUGUUGCUAGUUUUCUAUUCGUCUCUGCAAGGUGCUUUAAACUUCUUAAUCGGUGAAAGUAAUCCGCCAAAUUCUUUCUAUUCAUAUCAAAGCUAUAGAAAGGUUUUUCCCAGAAGUGCUGUGUUUCACUCUUUUUUUUUAUAGUUCUUUUUCUAACUUUUGUGUGUACAAUGGGCGUGUCAGUCUUUUUCUGGAGCUGAAAUUCUAGAACCUGCUGUUCCAUUCCGCAACCAUUCAGCGAUUACUCGUUCCAUUUUCUUGUGCAUCAAGAACGGCUCCGGCCAGCUCCUUCCGGCCGUCUCGCUUUUCGACCCAAAACAUAAGCAAACCAUAAAGCAAACUUUAUUGAUAUGACUGAAACAAAUAUAUUGUUUGUGAAAACAUAUAGUUAUUGUUUUUUCCAUGAAAUUACGUCGUAAGUUAUUUUUGUCUUAUGGGACCGUCAGAGGUGCAGAAAAGUGGAGCAAUGUUUUUGUACGUAUGUCUCCUGGAUUUCACAAAUUUGGAUGUCCCGAAUUGGAAUAUAACUAAUGAGAUAAAUAACCAAAGAGGAUUUUCCGUUUUCACUUAAAUCUAUAAAUAAUCCUGUUGCGUUUGGAAACGUUUUUAGAAAAUCCAACAAUAGAUUUUGACCACAAGGCAUUUAAUUAGCAGGGGUUUUUAUGUUUUAAAAGACCGACAAGUUUGCCAUGCCAUUGAAAAUAAAUCUUGUACGUGAUUUGCGCUUCCAGUUCAAGAGCGUUUACGAUAGUGUAGUAAAAAGUCAACGCGAACAUUUUCUUUUUUGAAAGAGAAUAAAAAAACGCAUGUGACUUUAAGUGCUCGAUCGAACAAGUGUUUUUUAAGAAAUUUGGUUUGCAUAUGUCGAUUGGUCAAUGAAUCUUUCAUCUUUGUGGCUCACAAAAUUACAGAAAUAAAUUUUCGCACGAUAGUCAUAACAGACGUCUUUAAAGUAAGUCUAAGUUUAUUAUCUCAGCCGCCAUGACGCCCCUAAACUAAGCGCUGUUUUCUUCGAGUAACAGACUACAAAUUGGAUAAAUUCAAGGGAUUUUCAUAUGAGAAAAUUACAAAGCGAACUGUACAGUAGGAAAGUGCUGCUCGUUACUUUUGAUCCGCAGACUCAACAAAGAAAGAGCGUAUCAUAUGGCGAAGUAUUCGUAUUCCGGAAUAGGCAAAGUAAGAACAACAAUUUGGGGAUAAAUUAGUUUCUAGCAGGUGUAAUGGUAGUGGAGAUUUUCGUCCACUGAGAAGCUACGAGUCACUAAAAACUGGUGCAAAGUUUCAAAAAGAAAAUGAAGGUUUUUCGUUCUACCUGGGUCUAGAAUUUCCCCACGAGCGCGAAAUUUGACGAAGAAUUUGGCGACGUUGAAGCGCUCGCUCUUUUUCGAGAGAAGUAUGUCGCCCGUCUCCCUUGAACAAUUUUUUUAUUUUUUAAACCGAUUACUGUAAGGCGCUUGGUUUACUUACAAUGCUUUCCGUCCUGUUGUCACAAAAAUAAUAUUUUUGAGCUUAACAUUAAUCUUCGUUAUGACUUCGUCGGCGUAAGUCGAAGGAGAAAUAAACUCUGCUUUAUCUUUCAUUUCGUUGAAUUUUUGUUGACUGGAGCUUUUGCCAUUUACGUGACCUAGGGAUAGUUUGUGUUCCUGAGCGAAACGUGCCUUAAAACAGUCAUAUUAUUAUUAGCUAACUUCCCACCUACCCCUCCCCUAAUUCAACGUUAAUACUGAGUUCUCAAUUGAGGCAAAAUGUCGGUGUAAGGGAGGGGUAGGUGGGGUAAUUUCCUAACGUCUUGGACUGAUCCAGUUAUUGCAAUUAAACAAAUCAAAAGGCUGUAGGCAAAAAAACAAUGUGCUGCCAAAAACUCAACCGGAAAAUUGGCUUCAAUCUCUGAGGUGUUAACAACCUGUUAGUCACGGAAUGUUUUAAACUGUGUAGCACUUCAGUUUUUUGUAGGACUAUUAUAUGUCAUGACAUAAGCGAGUUCACUCCGGCGCAGAAAACUGCGCUUAAAUCACUGAACAAAGGGGUUGUUAAUCGAUUACUCAUUUCACCUCUGGGUUACUUUAUAACAACAUAAAAAGUUGUUCCAAAUAAGUUUCUAGUUUGGGUGAAGUGCUAUUUUUGGACCAUUCAAUUGAAAUCCCUUUAGCAGUACUUUUACAUGGCACAGAUUUUUUCUGCGGCUUCUAAAAAUUUUUAAUAUACUGGUUUUUGUUGUUGGUGGUGGUGUUGUUUUGGAGGGGGGCGCAGUGGAGGAUAAUUUUAAGUUUCUUACCUCUGGGAGUUAAUUGUCUAAUACUGGGUGCGUUACAUUUUGUUUCAACAGAUCUGUGGUUGGACUAUAUUCGUUUUGAGCUUGAUCACCCUGAUAACAAGGCAAGUACUACAGGAGAGUUGUACUGGCGUGCUACCAAGUGUCUUGAAGGACAAUAUACUGAGAAGUUUGUGGGUCUUCACGCCUUACUGCAGGCAAGGCGGGUGUAGAAACAUCAACACGCCUUUCUUUCAUCGUACUAACUU